CUUUGACCAUGAAAAUUAAUCAUAGCAACCUACGCCUCUUCCUUCACACGAUCAUUUGUCAUUCAAGUCCUAAAUUUUCACCGGAAUAGAAGCUUCCUCAAGAUGUCCAUCAAAGUUCCUAAAAAGUUCUACCGGAACGUGAUCCGUGGAGUGUCCUACUACUCGCAAGAGAAAAAACGAGUCUGCAAAUUGGAUGAGCUCGUUGCGUACGUUUACCUGAAGAACUUCCGGUCCCUUCCAGCGAAUCGGGUCGAGUCAAUUGUCGAAAAGGCCCUCGCCGAUUUAUGUACAACUGGAGUGAUAGAGAAGAUUAGGAACAACUACCGGCUGACCGAGAAGCUCGUUUGCAAUUGGCCCGAAGAUCAACCGGAACGCGCUGGGCCAAGUGGUAGCGGUCGCACUAAAAAGCGUAAGGCAUCAACGCGUACGAAGCGUUCCGCUAAGUCAAGGAAGCACUCAAGGACUAGUAUGCGUCCCGCCGUUGAUGCAAUGAAUGUAGCCGAUGAUAACCAGGAAGAAGGCUCGGACGAGGAGGAGGAGGAGGAUUACGAUAGCGAAGAGGAAGUGCUACCGCAUCGACCGCUUAAAAUAGAGAUGGAAAAUACCGAAGAUCGCCAAGUUCCCGUGGUAACAACGCCUGCAGCAGCGUCAACGUCCGAACCGGAGAAUGAAACCGUACAAGGAUCUAGCCCUACCGAAGGUUCUAGCGCGUAAAUAUUGGGCGUGGAUCAAAUUUUGGUGAAACUCGCAAA